CCUUCCUUCUGAUCUCCCUCCAUCUGGCGCUGUAACGGCGGCACAAUAGAGAGGCGGAGGAGGAGGUGGAGCUAGUUGCUGGCAUUGCUCCGGAAGGCACAGCAAGACGGAGGAGGGGAGCAGCGACGAGGGUCUCCACGCGAUGGAGAUCGGGUGGCCCACCGACGUGCGGCACGUCACCCACGUCACCUUCGACCGGUUUCACGGAUUCCUCGGCCUCCCCGUCGAGCUCGAGCCGGAGGUUCCCCGCAGAGCUCCCAGCGCCAGUGCAAACGUGUUCGGCGUUUCUACUAAAUCGAUGCAGUGUUCCUAUGACUCGAAAGGGAACAGUGUUCCCACCAUUCUCCUGCUGAUGCAGAGACGACUGUAUGAGCUUGGGGGUCUUCGGACAGAAGGUGUUUUCAGGAUCACUGCGGAGAAUAGCCAAGAAGAGUAUGUGAGAGAGCAGCUAAACAGUGGAAUUUUGCCUGAGAAGAUCGAUGUGCAUUGCCUUGCAGGUUUGAUCAAGGCAUGGUUUAGAGAACUUCCUACAGGGGUGUUGGACUCUCUUCCACCCGAGCAGGUGAUGCAGUGCCGCACAGAGGAAGACUGCGCUAAGCUUGCAGGGCUCCUUCCACCAACCGAGGCUGCUCUGCUGGAUUGGGCCAUCCAUUUGAUGGCUGAUGUUGUCCAAGAAGAGCAGCAGAACAAGAUGAAUGCAUACAAUGUUGCUACAGUCUUUGCUCCAAACAUGACUCAGAUGGCAGAUCCCUUGACUGCACUUAUGUAUGCAGUGCAAGUGAUGAACUUCCUCAGGAUGCUGAUCCUGAAAGCUUUGAAGGAGAGACAGCAAUCCACCGUUUCAGACAAUGAGGCACUGAAGGAGCUUUCUGUUGCUGAAGAAGCUACUGCAGAUGAGUCAGCUGCUACUGCUUCUCAUGCAGCUCAUGUUAAUUCUGGUAGCAAGACUGGCAGAUCCAGCAAUCAAAACCAUUGAGAUACGGAUCAUUCAGACUUUGUGAUGAUAGAGUGAGUAGGUUGAGUGUGAAUUUACUUUUGAGAAAUUUGUCAUUCUGAUUAGUGCUUCUUCUUUUUGUCUUUCUGAUUUCUAAGACUUGUCAAU